UGUGACAGAAGUUGCGAUUAGUUUGUUGAAGCGAGAUGUUUAUGUGAAAAAUGUUUACAAAACCGUGAACUAUUUACUUUCAUUUCAGUCUAGUUUCAUAGUUCAUUUUGUGUGCAUUGGCUUGCAUUUAUACGUCGUUCUAGAACAAGUGCAUUUAUUUAUUUAUUAUUUUGUUUAACGCGAAGAAAAAAAAACUUUGUAAGAAAAAAAAGAGAGAAAACAGACGCAAAAAUAGUUGCUUGAUAACAUAAGGAAAAAUGGGUGUGGAUGACGAGCUAUCCACGCCAAUAUUGCAUAGUGACGAAGACGAGCAUCGAAGUCGACGAACAUUUAACGAUGAUGAAUUGAAUGCAGGAAAUGAAUUCGGUGGAGCUUGUUGUAAUCCUUCAUCGACAUGUCAUCGCUUCAUAGCAUUGAUUUUGAUGUGCUUAGUCGGAUUUGCCUCUUACUUUUGCUAUGACAAUCCUGGAGCCCUACAAAAUUACUUCAUGAAGGACAUGGAUAUGUCCACAACGCAAUUCGCAUGGUUGUACUCGAUUUACUCAUGGCCAAAUGUGGUGCUCUGCUUCAUUGGUGGCUUUCUAAUUGACCGAGUAUUUGGCAUUCGUUUCGGCACAAUUCUCUACAUGUUCAUCCUGAUGAUUGGCCAAUUGAUUGUUGCCUUUGGUGCGAUUCUUGAUGCAUAUUGGAUGAUGAUCCUUGGCCGUUUUGUGUUCGGCAUUGGCGCUGAGUCACUGGCUGUCGCACAGAAUAACUAUGCCGUACUGUGGUUCAAGGGCAAAGAAUUGAACAUGGUGUUCGGUUUGCAAUUGUCAUUCGCCCGUGUCGGAAGCACUGUCAAUUUCAAUGUGAUGGAACCAAUUUACAAAUACAUUAGCAAAUGGUAUACUGGACACAUGUGCCUCGGCGUUGUCUUGCUAAUUUCGUUUACGACCUGUCUGAUGUCGUUCACCUGUGCUAUGCUUCUUGGUUGGCUCGAUAAGCGGGCACAACGGAUUUUGCAGCGAAACGAUAAUCCAGGCGGUGAAAUUGCUAAAUUGAGUGAUGUGAAAACAUUUAAAGUCACAUUUUGGAUGGUCAGUGUCAUUUGUGUUGCGUAUUAUGUAGCCAUUUUCCCAUUUAUCGCUUUGGGCAAGAUGUUUUUCAUGCAGAAAUAUGACUUUGACGCACAGGAUGCAAACUUUAUCAACUCAUUAGUGUACAUUAUCUCAGCUGGAGCGAGUCCAUUGUUUGGUUAUGUCAUUGAUAAAACCGGCAAGAAUGUUUCCUGGAUGUUGAUAUCAAUUAUUGCUACGAUCUGUGCUCAUUCAUUCCUCGCCUUUUCAUAUGUUAACCCAUAUGUUUGCAUGAUCUCAAUGGGAUUGGCGUAUUCGAUGCUUGCCAGUAGUUUGUGGCCUCUUGUUGCUCUUAUUAUUCCCGAAUAUCAACUUGGCACUGCCUAUGGAAUCUGCCAAUCCGUUCAAAAUCUUGGUCUGGCUGUGGUUUCAAUGUUUGCCGGUAUGAUUGUGGAUCGUGGUGGGUAUUAUACGCUUGAGAUAUUCUUCAUUUGCUGGCUAGGAGUUGCUCUGUUCGCGACAGUGGUCAUUUGGAUUUAUAACGCAAACAAAAAUUGCGUUUUGAAUAUGACACCGCAUGAACGUGAACUACAUUUGGCAUUGACAUCAAGUAAUGCAAAUGAGAAACUAGCGAACAGUGAUUCAGCUGAAAAUAUCCACCCGCUUGAGAAUGGUGCAGCUACAUCAUCCAGUCCACGAAUACGGAAUCGUUAUUUGAAAAAGAUUGGCGUUGGUGGCGGUGGCGAUGACAUAGAAGACGAACUCCCACUCUUGGAUGAUAACUAAUUAACUAACUAACAAAUGAAGUGAUUGUCAAAUUAUAUAUAUCAAAUCUCAUCAUGUAUUACUAUUUCUUUUAAAUCAUUAUUUCUCGAUUAUCUAGAUAGUGUAAAGUGUAUCGAUAUAAUGUAGCCAAAAACAAGACAAAAAAAAACACACACACACACAAUUUAUGGAUUAGUUAUUUGUUGUAAUAUUUUCUUUACUGCUUAAGUCAAUUAGCAUUGCGUCAAAUUACAUGAUGGAAUUUACGUUUGUCAUUAUUUAUAAUCGAACUCAUCUAUUUUUGUUUUGUUUUUUUUUUUUUGAUUUCACAUGAGCUCUUGUGUAAAUACCACUAUGACAUGUAUAUGGAAAUUUUAUGAAUAUUGCAGGAAUGAAGAAUUAUUAAUGAAGGAAAAAUAUAAAAGACAAAUUUAUUUACAUAUCUAAUGAAUGGAACAAAUAAAUCGAUGAAUUUUUGAUUGGAAA